UGUGUGUGUGUGUGUGUGAGCUCUCGGUUUCCCCUCCUUUGGAAGUGGACAGGAAAAGUACGGGUGUUUUUCCAGGAUAUCUGGAGCGGGCAGAGCAGUGACUUCCCUGAGGCCUGGGAGAAGGGGAGGCGAAGAUUGUUCCACAGGUGGUGGAGAGCAGGACACAGCAAAGGAAGGCCUGCUCUAAAACACACAGCCUGGAGCAGACCUUCACUCAGGCUCUGGCUCACGACAGGACACGAUACAGCUGCUGGCUUUGUUCUUGUGAUUUAGGCCGCUUGGAGGAGCCACCAUGGAGGAAAGAGGAUUUCUGUAGUAUUUUCCUGUUAGCCCGGAGGACAGACCAGGACUGCCCUGUGUGUGUUUGUAUGGGCCUGGGGAGCCAUAGGCAGGCACGGAGCCUGACCUCAGUGAGUUGUUGACGGGAGCUCCAACAUUUUAUUUCUCUGAAAAACAAAUGAAUGGCUGGGACUUUACCCACAGACACAGUGCUGUCAGGACAACAGCAUAUACUAGGCCACUUCAGAGGCCUGAGAGAACAGGAGCCUCACCUAGGAUUAUCCCUAAACUGGAGUCUGAUCUCUACACAGCAGCAGACUGAGCUAAGAACACGCUAAUGUCAGAGCACCUGCAGAGGCCUCCAUGUGCAGGAUCCGGCUGACUGAUUGACUGACUACUGGACAGCUGGCUGGCAUAAUCUCUGUGAGCCCUGCCUACUUGGCACUCAGAUCCAGUGAUCACAGAUGUCUGUCUGUAAUUCCUAAGGAGAGGACGGAGACGCAUCUUCUACGCAUCUACUAAGAUUACAUUUUUACUGCUUGAUUUUAUGAGGAACUUUUGAAAAUCUGUUUGUAGAUCUGUCUUUUAAUGGUCAGUGGUGAACUGGAUGUAUAUUAUCUUUAGCAAGUAUGACAUAGUUGGAUUAAAAGAUGAGUUGGUUUGAUUUAAGGAUUAUAUCUAUCAUGGUGUCAGAGACUGAAGUCAUAUUGUAAGUACUUAGGGGAAGUUGAAGACCAUAGCUUAGUUUCCCCUCAGCCUGCUAAGGCUCCAUACAGCCACAACCAGACAUCACACUGAUCUAACCAGGACCUUCUUCAUUCUCAGUCUGGUGUCUCUCACCAUCAGGAGGUGAGCUCACUUCCUGUCUAGAACUUGAAGGACAUUCCUCAAGCUAACAUUGGUGAAGAGCGGCGUUGUGGGUGAUAAAACCCGUGUGCACAGAGAGCAGUGCUGAGGUCAAAGGUGAAACCGCACUGAGCAGAGGGAGGGAGGAGCCCAGAGAGGAAGGGAGAGAGAGAAGCUGUACCUCCAGAGAGUGUGACUGUGCAGUCUGGACUUCCCUGUCUCCCAGGCUGAGGCCAGAGUGAGGCAGGCUGCUGACUGAGGCUGUGGGAUUUUACCCUAGGCCUUUGACAGGAGAGACACACUCUGGAUGGUUCAUCUCUUCACCAGCUGUCAUCAGACGCCCCAGCAACAUCUUGUUUUUAUUGAAUGGUUUGUUCCUGGGACAGAGGAAAAAACGGUCUCUAAGAACACAGGGAGAAACACCAGCUCUGCAUGUGUCUGGCCCUGUGUGCUUUGUGAAGACUUCAGGAUCAGUUUCUAAACUGUGGAGGACCUCUCUGUCUGAGUAUCCCUGUGAGGGAUCUUUUUUUAAAUUGUCUCUCUGGCGGCAUCCAUGUGCAGUAGCAUGUUAGCCCCUGCAUGUCCUUGGAGGUGUGUGAAUGCUGGACCUGUGGACUGUGAAUGACACACACACACACACACACACUGCUUUAGGGGACCACGUCCAAACACACAUACCCAAACAAACACACAGUCCUGGAUCGCUGGAGGCCAUUAGAGCCAUGGAGUGUUCGUCCGUGCUGAUGGAGACUGCUGGUAUUCAUGACAACAGUGUAGAGGAGAGUCCAGCCCUCAUCUCCUCAUUCUGCAGCGAGCUAGACUGCAUGGAUGGAGGAGGGGGGUAUGACAUCGUGAAUAACCAGGUGAUAGCAACACCGGGGCCACCACCAAACUACAGAUCACACAAUGCCUUACUUCAACAAAGCUGGGAGAUGAACUACCAGGAGGCAGCGAUCUAUCUACAGGAAGGAGAGAACAAUGAUAAGUUCUUUACACACCCUCGGAACCCCAAGGCGCUGGCAGCGUACCUGUUUGCUCACAACCACCUGUUCUACAUGAUGGAGCUGCUAACAGGAGUCCUACUGAUGGUCCUGUCACUCUGUGAGGCUCCCGCUGUACCAUCACUACGCCUGGAUGUUUACGUCCAUGCCACUCUGGAGUUACUGGCUCUGGUUAUGGUGGCGUUUGAACUCUGUAUGAAGCUGCGCUGGCUCGGCUUCCACACAUUCAUCAGACACAAGAGGACCAUGGUGAAGACUUGUGUGUUGCUGCUCCAGUUUGUGGAGGCCAUAGUGGUUCUGAUCCGGCAGACUUCGCACCUGCGUGUGACCAGAGCUCUCAGACCCAUAUUCCUGGUGGAUUGCAGAUACUGUGGUGCCGUGCGACGAAACCUGCGUCAAAUUUUCCAGUCCCUUCCCCCUUUUAUAGACAUCCUGCUGCUGCUGCUCUUCUUUAUGGUCAUCUUUGCCAUCCUGGGCUUCUGUCUGUUCUCCCCUAAUACUUCUGAUCCGUACUUCAACACUCUGGAGAACAGCAUCGUGAGUCUUUUUGUGCUCGUGACCACCGCAAACUUCCCAGAUGUGAUGAUGCCAGCGUACUCUCGCAACCGCUGGUCCUGUGUCUUCUUCAUCGUCUACCUCUCCAUAGAACUCUACUUCAUCAUGAACUUGCUCCUGGCGGUGGUGUUCGAUACGUUUAACGGUGUUGAGAAGAUGAAGUUUAAAUCUCUCCUGCUUCACAAACGCUCUGCUAUCGACCAUGCCUUCCAACUUCUGGUCAGCAGACAGAGGCCAAUGGGUGUGUCUCUGAAGCAGUUCGAUGGUCUAAUGCGUUUCUACAGACCUCGUAUGUCAUCCAGAGACCGCUUCCUCACAUACAAGGCCCUCAACACUGCAGGAGCACCCAUGCUCAGCCUGGAUGACUUUUAUAAGUUCUAUGAAGUCAUCGGUCUCAAAUGGAAGGCACGGCGGAGCGGGGAACACUGGUUUGAUGAUCUUCCACACACUACUUUUCUUAUCUUCAAAGGCAUCAACCUGCUGGUCAAGUCUAAAGCCUUCCAGUAUACCAUGUAUGUGGUGGUGGCCGUUAACGGAGUGUGGAUCUUAGUAGAGACCUACAUGUUGAAUAGUGGAUUCUCCUGGUCCAGAAUGGUUCCCUGGAGCUACAUCAUCUUCCUCACCAUCUAUGGGGUGGAGGUGUUGUUGAAAAUAACAGGCUUGGGGCCGUUGGCCUACUUCAGCUCUGGCUGGAACCUGUUUGACUUCUCUGUGACGGUGUUUGCCUUUCUGGGCUUGAUUGCCCUGGCCUUCGACAUGGAGCCCUUCUACUUCAUUGUAGUGCUCAGACCGCUGCAGCUACUCAGGUUGUUUAAGAUAAAGCAGAGGUAUCGCAACGUGUUGGACACCAUGUUUGAACUCUUCCCAAGGAUGGCAAGUUUGGGGCUGACACUGAUCAUCUUCUACUACUCCUUUGCCAUCGUGGGGAUGGAGUUCUUCGCUGAAGUAGUUUACCCUAACUGCUGCAAUACCAGUACAGUAGCUGAUUCCUACAGGCAGAUCAAUGUAACCAUAGGCAACAGGACGGUGCUGGACGAGGGCUACUACUAUCUCAACAACUUCAACAAUAUCCUCAGCAGCUUUGUGACUCUGUUUGAGCUGACUGUGGUAAACAACUGGUACAUCACCAUGGAAGGAGUGACAUCCAUGACCACUCACUGGAGCCGCCUCUACUUCAUGACCUUCUACAUCGUCACCAUGGUGGUGAUGACCAUCAUCGUUGCCUUCAUCUUGGAUGCGUUUGUGUUCCGUAUGAACUACAGCCGGAAGAACAAAGAACCACUGUUAGACCCUGAGGAUGAGAACGGUAUAGUGUUUGAGGCAGAGGUGAGUCGUGACGAGGCGUUGGCCACUCUGGAGCUUUAUAAGAAGACGUGUCCUGGGCUCUCCUCACUUAACUCUCUACAGGGAGUACUGCUGGCCAUGGACCGCAGUGGGAGCUCGUCUCUGGUGUAUCUGGGUCGGAGGUCGCGGACCAAGAGUGACCUCAGCAUGAAGAUGUACGAGGAGGAGAUUCAGGAGUGGUAUGCUGAGUACUCCAGAGAGAAUUUACCCCAGUCAGACAGAAGCCUAGUGGGGAGAGAGCUGGACAUCCCUCCUCCCUGCCCUGAACAUGAAUCCUAACCCAAGCUCAACUCACAAGGACUACUUAGCACCAACUAAUACUCACUCACUGUUUCUCUCUUCAAACACACCUCUUUGACUUCAGUCAUCAUGCCACAGAGCACUCUGAACUAAAUGUUUUCCACAAUGACAAUACGGAGACCCACUCAACACUCCAUCUCUCCCUCCCUCCACCCAUCCUGAGGGAUUGUACCCUGGCAUCCUGCUGGACAGUCGGAAUGUGGACAGAUGGGAUGAUGUCACUGGACUACAGCCUGGAUCCCAGCAGUGAUUUGUGUUGAUAUAAAUCAUGUUCUCUCUGACUGGAUCGCAGUGUUCAAACAGGUUUAAGAGCUUUAUCUAACCCCAACCCUUACAGGACUUAGUCUGCUGAUGCAUGGAUAGGAGAAGCAGAGCAUCGAUGGAUGGGUUAGAGGUCAGGGUUUUUAAGUGUUAGGGUUAGGACCUCUAGCUGUGAGACAGAGAGCUGAUGUUCAGGACCUGAGUACGACGAGACACUAGGAUGGACUUGGGAUUUCACAGUACUCUUUUUUUUUUUUUUACUGCACAGAGAGGACACAUCUGGACAGGGAAAGGACACACACCUGUAGAUAAAGGACACGCACCAUAGAGAUAAAUAGAGGACUCUAGUGCCCAAAAGCCUGAUGUAGCCUGGGCAGUGCCAUUGACGACUUUCACCAUUUUGAAGUAGUCAACUGGGUGGGACUUUCUAUGGCUUAAGGAAGGAUCAAAUCAUUCUAGCCAGGUCAUCAGGAAGGAUCAGCCAAUUAAUUAUACUCGUACCCAGACAUUCCAUAACUGCAUGUGGCAGUAAAUUGCUAACCUUGGCUUUAUACCUGUUCAAACACUCCAGGUGGCAUUAUACUCCCUUUAAGUUUGUAGAAGUAGUAAAAUAAGAAAAUGGACUACUUCAAAAUGGAGACUGCCUGAAUGGUGCUGCCAAUGCUCUCAGACGCCGUAAUGGGACAGAUACAAUUUUGCGUCCUCCAUCUCUAUGAGAUGAACACUGCUGCAUGUAGAUACACUCUACAGCCUAUUUUUGUAGCCACUACCCCUUCUGUGUUCAUUCUGAGGUCAGUGGUCAUCGGACUGUCCUGGCAUCAAGACACACCCGCCCUGUCUGCCAGUACUAAUCUAAGCCCCCACAAAAGCCACUACACACACCCCUCAAACCCCUGCACCUGUCCAGUAACCUACAGCUAUAUCUCCUAACCAGUGUUUCAACAAACCUAAGACAGUACUUUACUUUUAUAACUUGUUAUUCUGUCAGUGUAUUAAAUUAGGAAUAAUUUAAAUAAAUGUUUCACUUUGUCAAGUGCA